AUGGAGCGAGACCAUGCUCCGUUACCUUUGGCAGCACGUAUCCGGCCUCCCUACACCCGUCAACCUUUCACGCCCAUCUUCUCUUCGUUUGCAUUCAGGACUUUUCGGCUUUUUCUUUUGAUUCAUGGGAUACUCGGUUCGGGAAGGCUUAACUGGAACUUUGGAGUUCGGGAACUGGUCAUAUCACAACAGACGUCUGGCAAACGACUGAUGGGAAAGAUCACACCAUCGCCAUACCUCUACAUACGGCACCGCUAUCAGGACGUCACUCACCAUUCGACCUUUCACGUCCGUCUUCUUUUCGUUUGCAUUUAG